CUAGUCCUCACUCACUCCCGCCAUCUCGAGUGAGUGGCCAACGUCAACCUCCUUCCGUCAACAAACACCACCCAUCCCUUCUCUUGAUUAUCCAUCUUCUCCUCAUCCACCACCUACAAUAUCUUGUUGACGUUGGUUGUCACUCAUAUCCCUACCUCCGGUCCUGUUCCUGCUGGUGCUCGUGCUUUUGCUUAUCGCGACAGAAACACGGCAUCCGUGCAGUCUCCUUCCUCCUUCAUCUGACAGGCAAAGGCCUCUUUGCUGCCAGCGCUUCUCGCGCUUCACUUCAAAACGCCGGUCGCGGGCCCUUGUGAGGCUCUACUCUCGACUGCCAACCAUGGCUUCCAUUCUAGAAGGCGCACACUCCUCAGCAGGUCACGACUUCGAUAGGAUAAUAGACCAUCGCCAUGACUCCUCCUCGUCCGCCUCUUCCGCCUCUCCGACCCCGAGUGCCUUUCCCACCGUUGCCCAAGACGACACCGCUCCGAACGAACCCGUCGAGAUCACGGCCGCCCAAAAGAUGCUCUCCGCCACAUCCGGCAGUCUACUCACCGGCCUGCUCGUGACUCCCCUCGACGUCGUGCGAGUCCGAUGGCAGUCCCAAUCCUUUACCCGGCCGUCACCAACCGCACAUACCGUUACCGACUUUGCGAAACUAGCCGGCUCACAAAUAUCCAACCCCGCGUUCCGCCCCGCGAACCUCGGCGUAACCGCCUGCUGCCGCGAAGUCUUCUUUGCCAACAAUUCGGAAGGAUGCAUCGUCACCGCCGGGCCGCGCAUCGGCUCUGGCGCUAUCACUGCUAGUGCUAUCCCCUGCGCAGUCGAAGAGACAAAGCAACGAAACUUCAACUCCACCCUCGACGGUCUCCGCAAGAUCGCCCGCAACGAAGGCUUUACCUCGCUCUGGCGGGGGCUCUCUCCAACCCUGCUUAUGGCCAUCCCCGCCAACAUCAUCUACUUUACCGGCUACGAGUGGCUGCGCUUUAACCCUUCCAGCCCGAUCCAGCAAACCGUCAAGGAGGAGUAUGCAGCUCUGGUAGCCGGUGCGGGCGCUCGUAUCCUCGCCGCUACAGCCGUCGGGCCUAUCGAGCUAUUCCGCACUCGCAUGCAGGCUUCCCCCGGCAGCACGACGGGGUCACACCUCACUCAUACCUUUAGGGGCAUCAAGGACAUGGUUUAUGCGCACGGCUACCGCUCGCUCUGGAGGGGUUUGACACUCACCCUCUGGCGUGACGUACCCUUUUCUGGCAUGUAUUGGUGGGGAUAUGAGACGAUUCGAGGAAAGUUGACGGAUGCGCGCGAGGCUCGCUCUAGGGGACGUGGUAGGACACUCGACCUCGAUUCUGAAGAGCGCCACAGAGUCCGUCGGAGGUCUCAAUCAAGGGAAAACCACGCCGAAACCUUUACCGACAGCUUCAUCGCCGGCGCGUUAUCCGGAGCCUUCGCCAGCGUGGCCACCAUGCCUUUCGAUGUUGGCAAGACAAGGACACAGGUCUACCGCGACACCGGCGCUGCAACAAAGGCUGCUAUUGCGGUGACGAUGGAAAAGAGCGCCGUAAGACCGGAGGAGAGGAACAUGGCAAGACUGCUGUGGCAUAUCUUCUCUACGGAAGGCGUCGCCGGCCUCUUCAGGGGAUGGAUACCCCGUACGCUAAAAGUGGCGCCGGCCUGUGCCAUAAUGAUUAGCAGUUAUGAGGUCGGAAAGAGGGCCUUUAGGGGGAUGAAUGAGCGGGCAGCCAUGAAGGAGCGAGAGGAGCUCGCGCAGCAGGGACAGCAACAAGAGCAAUCGGAUGAGGAGGCUUGAGAGGAGGCUCUUCAUUGCUUUGGUUGAUAUGUGUCCCUGCAUUUGAGGACGAGUAGUAA